UUUAAUAAUAACAAAUGCCUCGUUCUAGUAAAGCGUCAAACCGUUCCUUUUCUCAUGGAAAAUAAGGAUAACUAAAUGAACCAAUUAUCAUUACAUUAUAGAGAGAGAUUGAUAACUAUACCAGGAAAGUAGAAACUGAAAGAAGGUUUCAUUUUACAGAUACAUUAUAUUAGAAAGCUUUUUAAUUUAGAACAAUAACACAGAUAGUUAUAAGAAGAAGUUAAAUUAAAAGUAUAAUCUGUGAAAAAUUUGAAAAUGGAUUCCAUAAAAAAAGUUUUAAAUAAAGAUUAGGCAGAAUCAAAAAGUCUAUAAUUUUAAAUUGAUUAAGUAAAAUACUAAACUCAUUUUAGUAUGAUAAAAAAUUGUGUAAAUCUAUGGCAAAUAUUGAAAUUAUGAAAUCAAAUAUUGAUAUAAUAAGAAAAGAACGCAAUUAAUUAUUACAAGCAAUCAAGGAAGUUGAAUAGUCUCAUGAAAAAAUUAACAGUAGAUUAAAUUCGACCAAUGAAUACGCUUAAAAAAAAGUUGAAAAAGCUUGUAAUAUUAAACAAUAUAUUUAGAAAUCACCUAAUAAUAAAUGUUUGAUUUAAAAACAAAGAAUGAAAUUGAUAAAAGUGAAUUUUAAGAAAAAUUUGAUAAAUUAAAAGCAGAAUUAAAAGAAAAAUAAGAGAAAUAAAAUGAAAAAGAUAAAAUAUCAAAAAAUAAUAGACUUAAAGCAGUAAAUUAUUCCACUUUUGACACAGGAACUUUAUUAAAAAGAAGAUUACAAAGAAUUAUUGCAAACAAUAAAGAAAAAGUUAAAAUGAUUGAUACUUAUCAAAGAAAUAUGAGAAUUAUAGAUGAAGCAUUUAAUUAAAUUAAAGAAGCAACGGGUUUAACUGAUAUAGAAGAAAUAAAAAAUAAUUUUAUAAAGAGUGAAGAGUAGAAUUAUUCAUUAUGGACGUAUGUGGAUGUACUAAAUUAAGAAAUAGAUGCUCUAGAAGAUGCUAAUGAAGAAUUAAAAGAAAAAUGUGAAUUAUAAGAAUAAGAAAAUAUAGAGAGAUAAAGAAUAUUAUAAGCAACUCCAGAUGGUGAAAGAAAGAGAAAAUAAAUAUAAAAGAUUAUAGAUUAAAAGUAAUAAUUUAAAAUUAUCAAAGAUAAAAUGAGAUUGAUGAAUUUAGUAAUAAAUUAGCUUAAAUCUAACCAAUAAUAGAAAAUAUUUUGCAAAAAAUGAUUAAGACUAAGUUUAAUCUUGAUCCAACUAGAGUUUAUACAUUCUAAGGUGGAUUUCAAUUAAAUGAAUCUAAUAUUGAUUAAUAUUUAGGUAAGUAUUUUAUAAAUUAAUUUUUAGCUGAAUUGGAGGGAUAUAUAAAUAUGUUAGUAUUAUUUAAAUCAAAUAAAAAUAAUGGGAAAGGGUCAGUUGAAAAUAAAUUUAUUACUGGUUUAUUAUUAGAAGAAAUGCCAAUUAAAGAUUUUAAAUCAAAGUAGUAAUUAAAUUAAUCAUCUGUUUUGCCAUAAUAUGGAAAUGAGGAAUGUUAAGAUUUCUAAAAGUUUCUAAAUUAUAAUGAAUUUCAUGAAAUGGCUUAAUAAGCUCUAAAAGAUGUUGAUGGUUAAAGUAUUAAAUAACAUUAUUUCAUAUAGAUUUUGUAUCAACUAAGAAGAAUAAAAAAUGA